AUGGAUCCCUCCCAAGUCACGAUUCCACCGUUGAUGGACCUGACCAUUGAUAAUAUCACUGAAAAUGUCAACCUCAUCAACUCGGCCAAUCCAGACGCCCGUUUCAAAUACGUUCUAGAGCGGUUGGUGCAUCAUCUGCACGACUUCGCCCGCGAGACCCGACUGAGUACACACGAAUGGAUGGCGGGAAUACAAUUCCUGACCAAAACGGGUCAGAUUUGCAGUGACGUGCGGCAGGAAUUCAUUCUUCUCUCGGACAUUCUCGGUCUCUCUUUGCUUGUAGACAGCAUCGAUCACCCCAAACCCCCCAAUAGUACUGAGGGAACGGUGCUCGGUCCCUUCCACACCCACGAUGCCCACAGUCUGGGUCACGGCGAGUUAAUGUCUCACGACGACAAUGGCGAUCCUCUUCUCGUGCUCUGCACCGUCAAAGAUGUCAACGGCAAACCCGUCUCGGGAGUGAAGAUCGACAUUUGGGAAACCGACUCGUCAGGGCAUUACGAUGUUCAGCAUGCCGGUCGCACAGAACCAGAUGGCCGGUGUAUUAUGACGAGCGAUGACAAGGGAGACUUCUGGUUCAAGGCCAUCGUUCCCGUGCCGUAUCCCAUUCCACACGACGGGCCUGUCGGGCAGCUUUUGAAGACACUCCGCAGACAUCCCAUGAGACCAGCACACAUGCAUUUCAUGUUUGACAAGGAAGGCUACGAUCAUUUGAUUACGGCACUAUACCUCCGAGGCGACCCGUAUGAGACCUCGGACGCCGUCUUUGGUGUCAAGAACUCGCUCAUCGUCGAAUUGGGCAAGGUGGACAAAGCCACCGCGGAGAAGUACGGCGUGGACGAGGGCAUUGCACUUCUGACGCACGAUUUCGUCCUGGUCACCGAUGAGGAGAGUAAAAGACUCAGAGAAGAAAACUCCCGGAAGGCCUUGGCGAAGUUGGGAAAGAAAGUCAAGAUUGUCGAGGGAUUGCCGGUACCGGAUGUGGAUUGA